GUUCUUUUGGUAUGAUCACAGUAAGCAUAAAACUUUAAACAUGGUGGUUCCUGAGUAUCAAAAGUCAGAAUUAACAGAUACUUAAGUAGAGCAUAGAAAAGAGAAUAAAUAAGGGUUUAUUUUCUCAUCAACAAAGUUUAAUGUGACAAACUCGUAUUGAAACCAAAACUUAAUCAUAUGAUGUCUUUUCAUUAGAAAUUGCCACCGCUAAGAAGUUAACAGACAACCACCUGACCUGUGUUUUUGUCCGCAGAGAUGUUCAAUAAUCCAUCCUACCACAUACAUUCUGUAAGGCCUCUGAGGAGCAAUUCAAACCAAGUCCGUCCCAUGUCCCCCCUGUGGACAUCUGACGAAGGUUAACAUCCCUGACAGUCCAGUAGAGGAGUGGAUGAGCCAGCUCAAACCACGCCGAGUAAUACAGGGGCUGAUGGACAUUUUAGAGGCAUCGCCAGAUCUUGAGGCUUGUAGCGUGUGCAAAGAAGAUGGGGAGACAACUCCAGGAACAAUGUACUGCACCAUUUGUGACGAUGUCUUCUGUGAUGGAUGUCUCAAGAUGCACAAGAAGAUGCCGCUGUUACGUGAUCAUGAAGUGAUCGAUGUACGUACUCAUAGUAACAGGAAACCAAAGGCAUCAAGCUUUAUGUGCCGAAUUCACAAAGACGAAAAAGUAAAACUGUUUUGUAAAGAUUGCAGGAUGGCAAUUUGUACUGUAUGCUGCAGUAUCAAACAUAGGAAGUGUGAUGAUGUUGAAACCAUAGAUGUCAUGACGCCUCUUGUAAAGAAAACUCUGAUCAAUGAAACUAGGACGCAAAAGAAUAAAAUUAAAUCUUACAAUGAUGUAAUUUCAUCAACAAACUCUGAAAUUGAAAAGCUAUCGAAGAACGCACAAGUGAUGAAAGACCAAGUUCAGAAAGUAUGCAUGGCUGCUACAGAUGUUCUUCUGAGAAAAGAAAAGGAAUUGCUGGAGCGCAUCGACAAACUAACAGAAAAACGUGUAGAAGAACUGAAAGCCUUCAGAAAGUCCCAGGAGAUCGACCUCCAGCUGCAUCAGCAGCGGCAUGAGUUCACAAACAAAGCCGUAGAGGGAAACUGUGUAGAAGACAUGUAUGGUAUGUAUGGGUCUGUGGGUGUAUCCAGAAUUGAAGACACAAGUGAGGACAAGACACCAAUAACUUCCAGUAUUAUCUUCACACAUGACACAGACAAGCUAUUGAGAUAUGUAGCUGAGGUGCAGCUGGGGGAGGUCAGGGUUGUUCAGGGCCUGAGUGACCGGACGUCUUCUCCUGUUCUCCUGCAAACACUAGACUGUAGCAGACAGGGAUACACAGACUGUGACUUGAGUGACGUUUCAGUAAUGACUGUUGAUGGUAUCAAGGUAACUACGGUGUUAGAUUAUGAUAGACUUAGUGUAUUUUAUACUUCAAACAAACUAUCCUUUAAAAAAUGUCUCCAGCUACCUUCUGCUCUAAUUCAAAUAGCUAAGCUGGAUGGAGCUCAGGCAGCUGUUACUCUGCCAGACACACGACAAAUAGCUUUCAUCAAGUUUGACCCAGAACCUACAUUACUGUCAACUGUGAAAACAAAGACGGAAUAUUAUGGGUUAGCCUGCCUGAACUCUUCACAACUUCUGGCAGGUGGUAUUGAGAGUCGUGCCUCUGUUGACAUACUGGAUAGGAAAGGGAAUGUUCUGAAAUCCAUCAAAACAGGUGUUAUAAUGAACCCUUUAUAUAUUCAUGUCAUGAGGAAUAACAAUGUGGUAGUAAGUGAAGGAGAAGUAAAGUCAUUGGUAUCUGUGACAAGGGAUGGCAAAACUGUUUUCACAUACACUCCCACAGGAAUAAGAGCUCUGACAUGGCCUCGAGGUAUCACAACAACCAAGAAAGGAGACAUCCUGCUUGUAGACAAUGGCUCCAACAAGGUGAUUCAGCUGACAGAGUCGGGAAAGUUUGUCAGAGAUAUUCUCACAGCACGGGAUGGUCUAUUUUGUCCUGGUGGCAUCUGUCUGGAUGAUGACGGCUUGCUGUAUGUCAGCUGCUCUGAAUCCGUGAAAGUAUUUACCUUUGAAUAAAGUAUAAAUAUAUAAAGCACUUUAGUAUAAUAUUGAUUAAUGGAAGGUGUAAAUUACUGUAAUGUAUAACUUGCUUUUGAACCAUACUGACCUUAUGAAUGACGUGAGAAAUAGCCGAAGAGCUCCAAGAAACCACAGGUAACAGUUUGUUAAAUGAAAGGGAUAGUUUAACAACGCAUCCAGAGAGAACUCCAAACAAGCAGUCAUUGUCAGCCUUCAUUCACCACCACAUGGACGGUGACGUUGAUGUGAAAAUGUGUCACAGACGUAAAUGUAAAUUGAGGACCGUCAGAUAAUAUUCGUUGCUUUAAGACACAGAUUCAGUUCAUAAUUAAAUGAAUGUUGAGUUUAGGACAAUCCCUUGCAGGUGAUUAAGUGGUGAAAAGUUGGCAAUCGUGUUUGCAAGCUACAGGAUGAAAACGUCAUCGGACAGUGUUUAACAUCAAGAUAACUGCAGAUGACAAACAUUUAAUGUGCGGUCAGCAAGUGAUUCAAGCUAUAUGAUGGCUCUCCUUGGUAUAAAGAUCAUGUGUAUCGAUCCAUGGAGUUUGGAACCAUGAGAAGCGGUCCAACAAGUCACCGAGCCUGACCACCCGAUCCAAUAUGUCGCUUCUCACAACAAUCAUAGGUUGGUGGGGAUGAAUUCUUACCCAAAAAUGCCUACGUUGAAGAACUUAGUGGGUACGGCUUCGUGUGCAUUAGCGAAUCGGGGUGAUUCUCGAUUUUACAAAUUGCUGAGUCAAACCAGCAGUGUAGCAUAGACAGUGAAACCUGGUGGAUUAGUAUGGAUGGCACCACCUACAGCCACAGGACAGACCUCAUCCGUUGUAUGGCAAGGGGUUCUUUAUCGUACCUGGGUACUGCCUUAGCCAACUAAAAGUUCGGAUCUCAGCUUCAUGGAUCAUAUGUAGGAUGAAUUUGAACGUCGUGCCCACCACAACCCCGCAGCACCUCAUAUACUAGAUGCAUAGGAUUAGUCGUUGGUUUGAAUUCAACCAGGCCCACGCACAACUGGUGUACCAGUGGUUGCUUUAAGGAAUGGGAGCAUGCUGGUGCUGACUUGGCCAGCCGAGAAUCCGGAACUCAGUGCUCAGGAACACGUAAGGGAUAACAUUCGUGUGAACCAACGUCCUAUAGCACCUCAAAGUCUGGUGACUCCACUCAUGUCACAUCCUUGGUGUCACAAAGUCAUAGCUGUUGAACAUAAAUCAUUGCUAUUAUUUUGUCCUUAGGUCAUGUGAUGGUCUUAUUAUUCUCCGUAUGGAAAUAUAUAUAUAUAUAUA